CGUUAUUUACUGAUACUCCGGGAUCUCAACCGCUGUAAGCUAGAGGCAGGUGCCAUGGAGUACACGGGGAGCCAAUAUAUUGGGGAAUUUGUAGAUGGAAGGAUGGAAGGCAGUGCAGAAUACAUCCUCCCUACCGAAACCAGAUACGUUGGGGAGAUGAAGGACGGUGUGUUUCACGGCCAAGGAACCCUGUACUUCCCCAGCGGGAGCCGAUAUGAUGCCAUUUGGGAAAACGGAUUGGCCACUAAGGGCACAUACACCUUCUCGGACGGGCUGCAGUAUGACGCAAAGAACUGGCAUUAUUGCGACAGCUAUGAUCGGAGGUUUUACACCGAGAUCUGCCACGGCUUGAAGCCUACAGGGAUCUCUCAACUCACCAAUAUGGACCCGCCUAGAAAAAUCCCUGAAGGCUGUUAUGACUGUGGAGAUGGCUUCUAUAACCCGACCACGAGGGUAGUCAAGGAUUAUAGGAAUCGCUUCCUGAGAAAUGCAGGUAUGUUCAUUCUGACACCUUGUGGCACACGUCAUCUCGUCUUUCAUCCACACGUGGGUCCGUGCACGUGUGGCCACGUGUAUGCAUGCAUUUGGUGAGAAAGAAGCUUUUGCUGAUGAAAGACAAACACUGGUUAUCUGAACGUUUCACUAUUUAGCAUUCUCACGACUGUCAAAUCUAGUUAGAGCGUCAGUGGUCUGACUGUGACAGCACAUAAUACAGCACGGAAAAGAUUAAAAUAUUUCCUUUUGCAUGCUCCCCUUUAGCUAGUCUUUAAUGAAUACCUACCACAUGCCAGACACUAUGCUUGAUGUGGGCACCAAAACACGGCAAAGCUAGGCACAAACCCCUUCCUUCAUGGAGUUUAUAUUUGACAGGUAGCAGACAAGGACUAUGAACAGUUGAGUAAAUCCUAGAAUAAGCACGAGGAAAGGGAAAAACAUGGCCCUGGAUGGAGGGAGGAGGAGGGGCACAGAGAGGUGGGCAUGAUACUGUGGGAGCACAAAGAAAGUGUACCUAAUCCAGAACUGGAAAUUCAGAGGCGGUUUCAAGAAGGAAAUGACAGUUAAGCCGAGGCGUAAGGAAUAAUUGGGAGCUGACCACAAGGCAUGGGGAGAGGUUUCCCAGCCAGAGGAGACGGCACAAGUAAAGGCCUAGAUGUGAAGGAUAUACCGUGCAAUCCAAGAAGGCUGCUUGGCCCCACAGCCAGGGGGGGUACCUUGGAGGUUCCAGAACCUCAGUUUGGUGAGUGAACACAAGCUGACCGACAGUGACCAAACUUACAAGAAGCCAAUAUACAAAUAAAGACAUGAAUGUUUUCCUUUAA